GAGCAAAGAUGGCGCGGGACGAUUGAAUCUUCGCAAAAUUUAUCCGAAAUUAUCACCUUGAUUCUCGAUUUUUCAGAGAUUUGCGCUUAAAAUAUGGCUUCCUUCCUCUCCUGCCCAAUGGGACAAGGCCCAGGACACUCUCCGCCUAGCGAAGGUUUCAGUCCGAUGCCAGACUUCAGCCUUGACAUCACAACGGAAUCCUUCCUUGAAGCCGACUAUGGCCACAAGAAAUUGCCAGAGUCGGAGGAUUCCCCAGUCUCGAUGAUCCCACAACCAAGUUUUCCAAAAGUUUCUCCACCACUUUUAACCCCUGAUCCCGAUCUUUGCCUGACACCGGACAAACCGGAACGGCAACCCAUUGUCCGCGUUGAGAAAAAUAAACAUGUGCGGUUUGAUGUGCCCGCUUCAGAGAGUGGUAUGUCUGUGUCAUCAGUAGCAACAGAAUCAUCAGAUAAUACUGACGAGAAUAAAGAAAAUUCAGCUGAAGACUUGAACCCAGAUGAGGGUAGCAAAGUGUACCGCUAUGUCCAAAGUAAAACAAAGGAAAUUCCAGAAUUCAAGCAGCUCGUCGACAAUAAUGAAAACUUUGUGAAAACAGACAAAGACAGCGUGCAUAUUUUUGCGAAAUUAAAGCCUAAAAAAAUUGACUCUAAUAAUAAUGCUGCGACUGUUCCGAAAGUUCUCCAGAGUGAUUUUGAGGAACCUCCAGCCCCCAGGCAACGAUUACCUCCAGAAAGUGCCAAAGUGUAUUUUCCGCGGCCGUUGCCCAAGAUCACCCAGCCUGGAGUUGUGACGGCGGAGGAGCAUAUCUUUCAGCGGCCGGAGUUUCACAGUACGCUAAAAGUGAACCAGGAGAUGAGGCAGUUGAAAGUCGCCUCGCUGGACGUCGUGAAAGCUGUUGAGGACAAGUUGGACGGGUCGCCUAAUACAAGAAAUCAGUUCAAGGAGAAAGUCACUGCAAGAGUAAACCCUGUGAAGCCGCAGUUCCAGUCACUGGAGUGUACAGAUGUAGAGCGGGUCGCUGACAUCAUCAAACAAGCCGAAAUCCAACGCAAAAAUCUCAUCAAGGGACCCAACUUGGAGAGCACAAGGAUACAGGAUUCUCGCUUCCCCGAACCAAACAUCAUGGAUCUGUUCACCCCUGACCUCCAGGUCGAGACCUGCAGCUACAACAUCGACUCCCUGCCUAAAUUCACGGAACCGCUUCAAACAGCCCCAGACAACACUGCCUUUGAACUUUAUAGACACCUACGGAUAUGGCAUGAUCUACCUUGAGGGUAGAGUUUAGAAUGCCAGGCUAGGGUACUGCCUUUGAACUUUAUAGACACCUACGGAUAUGGCAUGAUCUACCUUGAGAAUAGAGUUUAGAAUGCCAGGCUAGGAUACUGCCUUUGAACUUAAUAGACAUUUACGGAUAUGGCAGGAUCUGCCUUUCCAGACAAUACUGCCUUUGACAUUUACACUACGGAUAUGGCCGGAUCUACAUUUACGGAUAUGGCCGGAUUUCAAGCAGUUUGAUAUUUUUUGCUGUUAUAUUUUGUUAUCUGUAUACCAAGAGACAUUACUGCUGGUCAGUAUACUAUGGCUUGUUGUACAUGUAGAGAUCUGUGUGAUCAAAAUAAGUUUAGAAUCUUCUAUUCACAGAUGAAUACAAGUUGCCCCUUCGCCAUUAUUUCAUUAUGAAGUUUAGUUAUCUGAUUUGGUAUAGAGGCUGCACAUACUAAUACUCAUGUACAUGUUCAUACAUGGGGUGAUAUGAAUAAAGACUAGCAAAUGCUUUUAUCUAAAACUCCAUGUACAUUUACACUAGGCCUUUCUGUGCAAAAUUGAAGUAAAAGCAUUUGCUAGUCUUUAUGCAUAUCACCCAUGUGAUCUUUUGCAUAAACAUGUAAUGUAAAUAAAUUUUGCUUGUAUGAAAUGUACUCCGGGAGAGGAAAUAGACCAA